AUGCCAUCAGUCAUUGGAACUGUCGUCUGCCUGGUGACUGCAGUAGCCUAUACCCACGCUUCAGCAAUAUCAUCUACGAAAGCUGCCCUUAUUUCGGUAAACACGGAUAUCAAAUUCCAAGAAUUGGAUGGAUUCGGCGUCUCGCAGGCUUUUCAACGAGCUGAUGACAUCUUCGGCAAAGAAGGCCUCACCAGCAAAAAUACCAAAUAUGUGCUCGAUCUUCUGUUUAGCAUUGACAAGGGCGCCGGGUUCUCGAUCCUGCGCAACGGCAUUGGCUCUAGCAAUAGCUCGGACAGCAAUUUCAUGAAUUCCAUCGAGCCUUUCAGUCCUGGAUUACCAAGCGCAAAGCCCCAUUACGUCUGGGAUCGCAACGAUAGCGGCCAGUUUCCACUAGCCCAGGAAGCCUACGAUCGCGGACUUGUCCGGCUGUAUGGUAACGCAUGGUCGGCACCAGGGUAUAUGAAGACAAAUGGCGACGAAAACAACGGCGGGUACUUGUGUGGAGUCACCAACACUUCCUGUCCCUCUGGCAGCUGGAUGCAAGCAUAUGCCGACUACCUGGUCCGGUGGGCGCGGUUUUAUAAGCAAUAUGGGGUGAAAGUGACGAACCUAGGCUUCCUGAAUGAACCAGAAUUCGCCGCAUCAUAUGCCGGGAUGUUGUCCGAUGGCAUCCAGGCGGCAGAGUUUAUCCGCAUUCUCGCAAAGACAAUCAAGGCUUCGGGCAUGGAUCUAGCAAUCAACUGUUGCGAUGGAAUUGGCUGGGAGGAACAGGAGCAGAUGAUGGCUGACCUCCAAGCCGGUCCUGAUCCUGCAGAGAACUACCUGAGCGUCGUCACUGGACAUGGAUACAACUCCGUGCCUAACUUCCCACUCUCUACCAAGAAGAAGACAUGGGUGACGGAGUGGGCCGAUCUCUCGGGUGGGUUUACUCCCUAUACGUUCUUCGACACAGGUGCUACUGGAGAAGGAAUGACAUGGGCGCGCAAUAUUCAGGUCGCGCUGCUGGACGCUAACGUUAGCGGAUUCUUCUACUGGAUUGGCGCCGAAAAUUCAACCACUGACAGUGGUCUCAUCAAUCUUAUCGGGGACGAGGUCAUUCCAAGUAAGCGAUUCUGGGCUUUCGCCCAGUUCAGUCGGUUUGCUCGACCAGGUGCUCGUCGUGUUGAGGCUACCAGCUCUGCGCCGUUGCUCUAUGUCAGCUCAUUUCUUAACAAAGACGGGAGCAUUGUGACCCAGGCAAUCAACAACGCUACCGAAGCAUAUGAUAUCAGCCUGAAGAUUAACACAUCUGCGAGAACUAAAAAUGCUCGGCCUUAUGUGACAAACAACGCAAACGACCUCACAGUCCUGGCGCCCCUUCGUGUCGCAAGCGAUGGCACUUUCAAGACAACCAUCCCUGCACACUCGUUGAUGAGCUUCGUUUGUUCAUAA